AUGGCCACAUUAUUUGUAUGUCGAGUUCGUACACAUUCAAUUACAAGAGGAACGCCAUUCUAUCUUGUGUAUGGUAAAGAACCAACAAUACCCGGUGAUACACAUCAACCAUAUAUUUAUGAGGAAAAUAAUAACGAUGAUUUAAAUGAAUAUCGCGCUAGACAAUUAGAAGAAUUAGGUGAUAGACGUUCAGCAGCUUAG